UCUACGGAGAGAUAUUCCGUGAUGGAGGUUAAUGCUGAUAACUCAAAAGCUAAUGAAACGCAGUCAAAAAUUAAAUGCAGGGUUGGCGAUGCUACUUACACAGACAUCGCUGACUGGCUUCCAGAGGAAUAUGGCGUCUGUGAAUUUUCUUCUUCUUACUUUAGCUAGAUAGCUAGCUAACUUCUUGUUAGCUGAUUAGCACGUACCGCUACUUAAACAUGGCGGAAUUAGCCAACGUUAGCUAAUCAGCUUGUCAUUUGUACCAAAUAAAGUCAUGCACUUUAUCACUGUUUAGCCAUGCUAGCUAGUAUAACACGUUACUUACCACAACUAGCUAACUUGCUUCCUAACUCAUCAACUAAUUUUGCUAGGAUAUCUAGUCAGACAAUGCUCACGUCAGAAUCACAAACACUGCUCUCCAAGUCGCAGUCUCCCAAGAUUGAGCAUGAACACAAUUGAGGAUGACUCAGGCACAGUGACUUUGGAAACCGUGAACUCCGUUACAUUAACCCAGGAUACAGACGGGACCAUCAUUCUACACUGCCCUCACAAUGAUGCUGAAGAGCUGGGCUCUGAUGAUACGUUGGAACCUGCACACAAGCGACUCCAUCUGUGCAGUGAGGAUGAGCCGCAUGUGUCUGGAUCUGCCCCCAGAAUCUCAGUCGUCACUCUCCCCAUUUCAGAGAAGGAGGAGAGUUUUGAGGUGACUAUGACAGCCACUACAGAGAUGACAGAGAGUGAUAUAAGUGAGGGGGGCGUGGCUCAGAUUCAGAAGACAGAGGAGGUGUCUCCCGUCAGUCAAGCAUGGUUUACAACAAAGGAGGACAAGGACACCCUUGUUAAUAAAGGUCACAAGUGGAAACAGGGUAUGUGGUCAAAAGAAGAGAUAGAUAUUCUUAUGAGCAAUAUUGAUCGGUAUCUGAAGAGUCGAGGGAUUCAAGAUCCUACUGAGAUCAUCUUUGAAAUGUCCAAAGAUGAGAGGAAAGACUUCUACAGAAGCAUCGCAUGGGGCCUCAACCGCCCUCUGUUUGCCGUGUACAGACGGGUCCUUCGCAUGUAUGACAACAGAAACCAUGUGGGAAAGUACACUCCUGAUGAAAUAGAUAAGCUGAAAGAACUGAGGGUGAAGCAUGGUAAUGACUGGGCUACCAUUGGGGCUGCACUGGGGAGAAGUGCUUCCUCUGUAAAAGACCGAUGUAGGCUGAUGAAGGAUACCUGUAACACAGGGAAGUGGACAGAGGAGGAGGAGCGGCGGCUAGCGGAGGUUGUCCAUGAGCUGACGGGCACGGAGCCGGGUCACACCGUCACUCAGGGGGUGUCCUGGGCCUCGGUGGCCGACCUGGUGGGCACACGUUCGGAGAAGCAGUGCCGCUCCAAGUGGCUCAACUACCUCAACUGGAAACAGAGCGGCGGCACCGAGUGGACCAAGGAGGACGACAUGAACCUGAUCAAACGGAUCGCGGAGCUGGAGGUUGAGGAUGAAAACGAGAUUAAUUGGGACAUCCUGGCUGGAGGCUGGAGCAGUGUGCGCUCCCCUCAGUGGCUGCGCAGUAAAUGGUGGACCAUCAAGAGGCAGGUCGCCAACCACAAGGAGCUCCCCUUCUCAGUGCUACUCAAAGGCCUCCUGGAGCUGGCGGAGAACCAGCUGCCUUUCGGUAAGGUGGUGAUGGCAGCUCCACGGGCCCCGGGCAGUGGUUCCCCCUCGUCCCUCCAGCAGGUCCAGAUCCGGGUGGCACGCCUGGACGAGAGCAACAGCGCCUCCCACAGCCCUGUGACGGCACUGCAGAUACCCGUACAGAUCCCAGUCCAGAUCACGCAUGUCGCCUCCUCAGAUACCUCAUCGAAUGCUAAUGAUGCAGAGACUAUAACACUAAACGCCGGAACCCUGCAGACAUUUGAAAUCUUACCUUCUUUCCACCUGCAGCCCACAGGGACUCCUGGGACAUACUACAUCCAGACAGGCUCAAACCAGGGCCUCCCGCUGACCCUGGCAGCUAGCCCCACCGUCACCCUCACAACAGCUACAUCGCCCUCCUCCCCUGAGCAGAUUAUUGUACAUGCCCUGUCUCCGGAGAACUUGCUCAGCUCCAAUGAAAACGUCACCGUGCAGAUGUCCCACCCUGGCGUCAUUAUCCAGACGGUGUCCUCAGAUGACCUCACCUCCUCGGAGUCCCUCAGCCAAUCAGCGUUGACUGUGGAGCAGUCCGUGCUGGCCAGCACAGAGGACAUCUCGAAUGUGAGCCUGGUCACGGUGGACACGGAGGCGGGGAGCUCCCAAGGUGAAGGGACCGAGCAAGAGGUGAUCAGUGGCACAGAGAGCGUGAAGUUCCUCCAGGACCCACAGGUGGAGGCACCAGAGCACCUGACUGGGACAGGGGAUGGGCAGGAGCACCUGACUGAAACCUUCUCAACAGAGACUUUAGGUUCUCCAACCAUGGAGGAAAACGUGGUAGAACGAACCGUAGGAGAGGGCACAGUGAUGAUCGUCCCUUCCCCCAACAGCUUCAUCCAGACCGCCGAUGAUAUCAAUAAUGACAGUGUCCUGCCCUUAACCACACUGACAGAUCCUAUACUUGAAAAUCAGGGAGAGAGCUCUGACUGACAGGACACAAGUUUCACUCCAGAGAAUUGAAUGGAAGUGGAUGGACCCGAAGACGAACAAAAUCACUACUGUUGGAAGCAUGAGUCCUGGCUCUCAAUCGCCCUUGGCAUCUCUGUUGUGUUGGCAAACCCAAAAUGUCUAGGGAUAUGCAAGUCUGACAUUUUCUUCCUUUUAUACACUAAUGAGUGGAAAGACGACAGUGAUUUUCUGAGUUGGUCUAGAAAAAAGGUCUUGGUAUUGAGUCUGUUGAAGGUUUGUAGGGUGCCAAGUCAAAUCCUGUAAUGUGGAAGAUGACUCCUUAUGCAGUACCGUACAUCAUUGUUACACUUAUUUUAUAAGUGGAAAGGAAUCAGUGCUGGCAGUUCAGGCUGCAAUGGGAAAUGCACUUGAGAAAACAGCAUAUGCAGUUCCUGAAAAUGUACUGUAGCUGAAGAUUAACGGGUUUCAUUUAGUAUCCUAGGCGUGUCAUUUCAAAGGCUAACCUGUGACACUGAACAUCUGGAGACAGAAAAAAAAUGUUGUCAGUGCUUCUAAUAGUAUAUCUUCUCUUCAGCUCAGCUUUACAAAAUUACAAAAUCCUGGACCUAAUUUUGUUAUUAUUUUUUACUUUAAGAGUUUCCGCUUGUAAUUUGGUCUGAGUUGGUAUGGUUUGACUGAGUUAACUACUUGCAUUAUUCUUCCAGUGGAUCAUGAUCAUGAUCUGUGAACUCUUGUUUACUUUCAUCUGCUCAAACCUAAAUGUUUUAAGCCAAUGCUGAUGAAGGCCAAUUCACCCUGGAUUGUGGAGUCAGCAUGAUAUCGUGUGUGAGAGGCAAAGAAAUGGGGUUACUAGGUUUACAGGACCAUUUAGCCCAUCUCAGCUUGUCAUUUGCCCGUGAUCGACACUGAAUCCAAAUACGGUUGUCUGCCAAAAUCUAUUAAGUAUCCCAAUCUGAUAAUACAGCAAAUUCCAACAGGAUAUUCCGUGAAGGAAUCCUUCUUAGUGCCAGUGUGAUAUUUCAGACUCAUUUCCUCCUGUUAUUUCAAGGUUCUGCUCGACCUUGAAAUAACCUUUACUGGCCACCUUAUCCAGACUUUUUAUGAAGUAUUUCAGGUAAUCGGAUAGUGAUGAAGCUGAGGCGAACUGUGCCACUGUAACAUUAAUGCUGGACAGAUGAAGCGCCAUUACUUUGGGGAUGACACUGUUUAUGUGGAUAGAUCACAGGCAGGACUUUCCCCGACUACCUGCAGUGCCCAUGUACAUCAAUGACACCGGUGCAGCGAUAUGUGCCAGUUAAUAUCCAGUAAGAAUUGUAUACGGUACAAUUCAUUACUAUCUAUUGUACGUUGUUCCUUCUUCAAACAUUACAGUAUUUGUAAUGUGAAGUUGCAGUGUUCACUGACAGGUUACAUUGCAUAGUAGUGUCUUGGUGCAGUGGCGGGUAAUAGGGGGCAUAAGGUCUUUGAUAUGGUCAUUCAUUUUGCAGCCACAUCACAGGUCUAGAAAUAAAGACUCACCCAUAAUAGGCCUGACUUGGUUAAACAUGGUGCUGAAGUUAUGUGUCGUGAGGUUUAUUUCCUCCUGCAGCUUAAAUGAUUACAGCUUUGAUUUGUCUAUGUUGUUAAUGAGCGCUUGCAACACUAUUUCCUCAGUGUGUUUUCUAAUGAGUAUGUAUACUUUAUCAGGGUUUCAAAUCUUGCACUGGUCCUGUGUCUUUAUUGGUUACAGGAUGUUGUCACAGCUACUUCCAAAAGCCUGUGUAGACGAGUACAAUAAUUUAUCAGAGCAAUGGGUUUGUUUGUAUGGUUUUGUGUUUAUUUAUUAAUUAAAACUUUAUAAAGCAA